ACUUACGGGGAUCGAAACGGCAUCAUUUUGUUUUAAAGCACUUCAGCUGAUAGCCUCAAUAAAAUCGACUGCAAGCUGCUACCCCUUCUACGAUUCCUUGGCGGAGUCCAAACGGGUUCCGAUCAGUACUCGGUGGCGAUUAAAACACGCUAUCGAACUUUCCGUUGAAGACAAGAGCUUAGAAGUAAACUGUAAACCACCAUGGGUGCCUCCGAGUCUAGUCUUUCAAGUUCGCAGAAACUGACAGAUGAGAUCACUACCGUCACUGAGAGAUCAGAAGCUGUGGAUCCCAUUUUGGAGAGGCUCGAAUCCCUCAAAAUUACAAGGCCAAUAUUAACUUCACCUCGAAAGGAAGAAGGUAGUUUGACUGACAUUUUGGUGAGGAAGGCAUCGGCUUCUUCAGCUCCUGCAGCUGUAAAUCCAAAUGUGUUGUUGGAGCUCUUCUCGAUAUAUCGUGAUUGGCUAGAGGCGAAGGUCCAGCAGAUUAGCAAGAAACAGGAGGAGAUAGGAAAUAAGAUAGAAGUGGCAGAUGUUUUGGCAAUUAAACUUCUUCAAAGGUUUAAUUACUCGGUGUCAGCAAUGAAGACUGCAUCGCAGAAUCUAUCAGAAGUUCAUUCUCUGCAGGUGGAGAUUGGGGAGUUAAAAGGGAGGCUGACUGAGGUGAUUAGUAAUUGUGAUGCAUUGUGCAAUAGAAUUACUUCAGAGGGGCCAGAAUCUCUUCGUUCAUCAGUUAAGCCAUUUUCAACUGCCACUGCUGACUCAGAGAUCAGCUCUAGCUCAUCAUCUGUGCAAAGAGUAUGAAAAUCUUAUCCACCUUCAAACGAAGCCAGGUCAGACUAACUGUUUUACGUUCUGUUUUCACCUUCUUUUUUCCUUGUGUAUAGUCAUUGUUUAACCCAUAAUCUCCAUUGGGAUCGAGAUUUGCAUAUUGGAAACGUUGACAAAGAAGCUUAGUGGAUGAAAUGUGAGGACAAAUUGUUAUUAUUGUUCUGCCAACCUUUCAUUAUCUUAAUUAAUCCAUGAUCGUUUCCUUCAA